GACUGAAGAAGAUCAUGAAUUCAUGAUGCCAUUACAGAUCGACGGUGUGGUUUACAGUCUGUCUGACAGUCUGAGCGCGUAGGAGUAGGACCCACACGUAUUGGCACUCUGAAUCGGUCUUCGUCACCUCGCCUCCAAUUGCUGCUGAAAAUUGAUGAGAACGUAGAAAAGUCAUCUGCUGACUUCUGUUCUUCGCCUUCUGAAUUCUCUCUCCGAGCUCUCGAUCAUGGAGUUUCUGCGGCUGAACCUCGUACCUUGUUUCCUCUUGCUUUGUUUCCGCACGCUUGCCGUGUAUUCCCACCUCCUCUCUCCCCUCGACAACUAUCUCAUCGACUGCGGUUCCGAGGCCGUGAGCACUGUAGACAACCGUCGGUUCGUCGGUGAUCUAUCCAGCAACGAUUCGCCUUUGUCGUUUUCCGGUAGUUCGAUUUCGCUGAGAAAUGAAAACCUUGCUCCGGGUUUGGCCCCGAUCUACCACACGGCUAGGAUUUUCAGAAGCCCUUCGAAGUACGCAUUCCCCAUCCGAGACAAAGGAACCCACAUGGUACGUCUUCACUUUAAUGCAUUUGAUUCUCCUGGAUUCGAUCUGUGUGAUGCUCAAUUUCACGUUUUGGUUGAUGGGUUUGUCGUUAUGAGCAAUUUUAGCCGAGCCUGUUCUGAAAACCCUAGGAUUAUGGAGUAUCUAAUAAGGGUUGAUGCUGAAAAGCUUGUGGUGAUGUUUGUUCCAACUGAAAAUUCAAAAUUUGCAUUUGUGAAUGCUAUUGAGGUGAUCUCUGCUCCGAAAGACCUUGUGCCUGAUACUGCACAGUAUGUGAGUUCGAAGAAUAUAGUGAUUUUUGAUGGUCUAAGCAACCAAGCACUUGAGGUUGUGUACAGGUUGAAUGUUGGGGGUCCUAAAGUCACUCCAUUUAAUGAUUCCUUGUGGAGGACAUGGAUGCCUGAUGAUGGGUUUUUCAAGCCCAACUCUGAAUGUCAAAGAUUGUACUUCGGGGGUCGGAUCAGGUAUCAAAGAGGAGGUGCGAGCCGUGAAGUUGGGCCUGACAAUAUGUAUAACAGUGCCCGGCUGAUCAAAAGUAAGAAUGCUUCUGUUCCUAGGGUCAAUAUGACUUGGGAAUUUCCAGUCGUUGGGGGAUAUAAAUAUCUUAUUCGGAUGCACUUCUGCGACAUUGCUAGUAUUUCGAUUGGGUUGCUGUACUUCAAUGUUUAUGUCGACGGGCAUUUAGCAUAUGCAGAUUUGGAUCUUUCUUCCAUUACAGGUUUACUGGCUUCGCCCUUUUAUGCUGAUUUUGUUGUUGAUGCAGACAGCUUGGGGACUUUGAGUGUCAACAUAGGAUCCUCAAAUAAAAGCAUCCCAUAUGUAGUUGAUGGCAUCUUGAAUGGAAUUGAGGUUAUGAAACUGAACAAUUCUCACAACAGUCUUGAUGGAGAGGUUUGUCCUGGUUUCAUUCUGAAAAGCUGGUCAAGGGGGAAUUCAGGGCUUUUCCUUACUUUGGUGGCUGCUGUAUGCAUUGUAUUAAGCAUAUCCUUGGUGAUUCGUAGGAGGAUACUUGGAUCAAGGGAUUCAUUCCCAUGGUCAAGGUUGCCGGUGGAUAUUUCAGAGGAUCAUGCUAAGAUAAGCACUUUUCAUUCCGAAAGAAAAUAAGUUGUGUGUAAAAUGUCAGCGGAUCCUGGUGACUACGAGUAGGAUAACUGGAUGAGGAAGAAGAGGAAAGAGGAGGGAGUGCUUUGCACCUUAAGCCUUUAAGGAAUAGUGGGAUUUGUAAACCUGAACAUAUAACAUUGCUUUGAACCUUAAUUCUCUGCAAAACGUACUCUAGUUAGGGAGUAUCAUCCUGUGCCUAAAUUGCUUCGCUUGUGUAUAAUAUAUACCAUGCUGUAAGGCUUAACUCUUGGCUCUAGUUACUUUGUAUCUGUUCGUCUGAAGCUGUAUGCCUGUAUCUUUUGUUUGUGACGUUUGAAAAUAGGUAUGAAACUUUGAUGUAAAGUUAUUUUUGUGGAUGCCUCCAGAUUAUUUUAAAAUAGUCUUGGACCAAAUUCUGUUGAAUAAACUGUAGAGCAAUGUUCAGUUUA